AUGGUAGAUGGCACGUAUGUGAACUCUUCUGUCGAGGCUAUCUCGGGGGAAGCAGAUACAGCUGCUGUUGCAGAGCUCGCAAACCAGAUGGUUAUGAACUUUCUGUAUGAAUCGUCAAGCUGGCUUGCACAGAGCACGGGUCCUUUCCUCUGGAAGGGGUUUCGAUUUUUGUUUCUGAGGCUGCCGUCCUCAUUGCUGGUAUACCUUAUAAAUGGGACGGUUCCUUUCUACCUGGUGGUACUGGGCUCUGUGUUCACGCCGAUCAUAGUGUACCUUAUUCUUCGCAGCAGGGUUCUGUCGGCGUACUCGCGGCUCAAGGGCGACAACGAGGAUGAGGUGAUAGACAAGAAGAAACAACUUGUGAACGACUCCGAGGCGAUGCUGAUGGGUGGCCCUGACGGCAAACGGCGGUCCGGGUUCUCAUCUUACCUCGACGAGUUUCUGAGCGCUAUCAAGAUAUUCGGUUAUCUAGACAAGCUAGUUUUCCAUGAGCUCACGAAGUCAAUGCGGACACAGCGCCUGGAACAGGGAGAAGUCAUGCUACUGGACGACUCCGUGGGAUUCGCGAUUGUGGUGGAAGGUGGCCUACACAUAUAUCACAAGAUCGCGCACUCCCAGGGUAGUACCCGUGAGAGCAUGCCCCUGCCAGAAGAUCGCUCCUUUGACAGUAAUGAGGAUGACCUAACAAUCAAUGGGGAACGGUUUCAGCUCUUAAAUAAAGUAAAGGCCGGUAACCCAGUUUCAUCAUUGGUGAGCAUACUGAAGCUGUUUACAGAUAAUCACACCCCGACCGUCGUCGAUAGCUCGAAGUCUUCACCGAAGCAGAGUGCGCAGGUCCCUAUUCGGCAGCUCAUCUCUCCUUUUCUGGACGGUAACGUUGAGCGGAACAAAGCGACAUUGAACAUGAAGCAAGUACCCACCGCUGAAUACGAAAUCCCUUCAGCUGAGCGUGCAGGCUCCAACGUGUCCUCUUUCACGCAGCAGCUUUAUGAGUCCAUGCUGCCGAAAGACCAUGCAGCUGAAGAUGUCCGCGAACCGCUACCUGAGAUCGUGGCUUACGCUGCAAGUGACUGCGCCAUUGCCGUGAUACCAGCAAGUUCUUUCAAGCGAUUGAUGGUGAAGUACCCGCGCUCUGCAUCACAGAUCAUACAGGUAAUUCUGACAAAACUGUAUCGAGUUACCUUCCAGACUGCCCACUCUUACCUGGGCUUAACCAAGGAAAUCAUGCAUACCGAGGUUGUACUAAACAAUAGCACCAAUUUUGAGCUUCCCUAUUACCUACAGGAGGCAAUCCUUCGGAAGAUAAAAAACGGCUCCAAGGAGAGUUCUGUGCAGGAGAGCAUACAUCGUGCUACUCUGCGCAGCAAGAAUGUGCAUGCGCACAACUCGCCUACGCCAAACAAAAUAUCGCGCCAUAUUGCGUUGGAAUCGAGGGAUCAGUAUAAUCCCGGAGACCUACUAUCCAAUGUUCCCCUUUCUAGAAAGGGAUCCAAGACUGCUAGUAGCUCUUCUGUCAGUAUUCCGAGGAUUUCAUCUCUGAGACAUCAGAAAGAAGCAGCGAGCAGCCCACUUGCCACACUCCGCCGCCUUGAAGGAAACGAUAGCCAGAACUUUGCGCCCUUGAGCUCAUCUUCUCCAAUGUCGGUGAGUGAAAAGCCGUCGGUGGUGGGAGGAGGAGCACAUGAUAAUAUAAGUCAGAUAUCCUUUUCCUCAGCCUUGGAGGAAACAGAAGAGUCUUCCUGGCGCAUGGCCCUUGUUGAAAGCAUGUUUGGCUAUUUGGGUAUUACUAAUGAGAGUAUAAUGCCUCCUACUGAAGAUCUAUUAUUCUUAAACAAUCGUGCGUCGUCUGGUUCUUCGGUUUGUUCUGUUAGCUCUUACUCUCAUCCUCAGACGAUCAACCAAGAUCUUUUCAGGUGCCUAUCCCCGGAGUUGGUACGUACUAAGAAAAAAGCACCACGUCAAAAGUACACCGAAGAGAUGCCCAUAAACGUUGAUUUUAAUACCGCGAAGGAAGAGUUCGCCGAGGGGUUGGAGACAUUAUUCAUACCAAGUGGUGCCACGAUAGUGGAGCAGAAUGGAAAUAAUAAAGGGUUGUACUACAUCGUCUCCGGUGAAUUGCUAGUCUGUUGGAAAAACGAGGAGGAUAACAUCGAGUACGUUUUGUACACUGUGAAGCCCGGGGGAAUAGCCGGUUAUCUUGCCUCACUUAUAGGGUUCAAAUCAUUUGUGUCAUUGAGAGCCAAGACAGAUCUUUAUGUGGGGUUUUUACCCAUAGAAGUUCUUGAAAGAUUAUGUGAUAAAUAUUUCAUGAUAUAUUUGAAGAUUGCUGAAACAUUAACAAAGCUUCUAAGUCCGAAGAUAUUGAAGUUGGAUUAUGCACUUGAGUGGAUACAUUUAGAAGCGUCUGAGACUUUGUUUAAUCAAAAUGAUCCUGCAAAUGCUAUUUACGUCGUUCUAAAUGGAAGAUUGAGGCAACUUCAUCAAAAAUCCAAGAAUGAGGAGCGGCUCAGUCGACCAACUACACAGCGAAAGAAACGGAAAGAUGACAACCAACCGAAUGUACAGGUGGUUGGAGAGUACUCACAAGGAUGUAGCUUUGGUGAAGUGGAAGUAUUGACCGCAAUGAAUCGUGUCUCGACUGUUGUUGCGGUUAGAGACACUGAGUUGGCCCGUAUACCUCGGACACUAUUUGAGGUGUUGGCUUUAGAACAUCCCUCUAUUAUGAUUCGCGUUAGCAGACUCGUCGCCCAUAAGAUACUUCAGAGAAGCUCCGAUAUACGCGAACCCACCAAAAUUGUUAACAGUGCUAAUGGAUAUAGGUAUGACUUCAACCUAACCAUACCACCUUCUGCAGGGACGUCCAGUUGGGGCAACAAUAGUGAUGGCGGGUCUAUAAGCUAUAAAACCAUUACCAUUUUGCCAAUUACCUAUGGUCUUCCUGUGGAGGAGUUUGCAAAUAAACUUGUGUCCACAUUUCGUCAGGUUGGAAGGUCGACCAUUGGCUUAACGCAGUGCACCACCUUGAAGCAUCUCGGUCGGCAUGCCUUUGACAAGUUGGCGAAUCUGAAGCAAUCUGGUUACUUUGCGGAACUCGAAGAACUAUAUGAGCUGGUUGUGUACAUUGCAGAUACACCCGUGAAAUCUUCAUGGACCUCCACUUGCAUAUCACAGGGCGAUUGUAUCCUUCUACUAGCCGAUGCCUCUAGCGAUCCAGAAAUAGGCGAAUUCGAACGUCUACUCAUCAAUAAUCGGACCACUGCGCGUACGGAGCUUUUGUUGCUUCAUCCCGAAAGAUACGUGGAACCUGGACUAACGCAUAAAUGGCUGCGUAAGAGAACUUGGGUGCAUCAGCACCAUCAUAUGCAGUUUGUGAGCUCCCAAAACCCAUCUGAAAGAGUCGACUCGAAAGCCCCACCCAUUCCGGGUGCUCCGCCUAACCUUAUCGGGCGCCUGAAGAAAAGGGAACGCCUCAACCAAUUGACGAAGCGAACGCAGGAGAACUUUGCCAGAUUGCUUCCAGAUUCUAUUAAAUUGACGGUAGAAAACAUUUCGAUGAAGUACAUCCAGAAGAAGCAGAAAUACUACACACCUGUGAGUGCACAUAAGAACGACUUCCUACGGCUUGCGCGCAUUUUGUCUGGCCAGGCCAUCGGGCUUGUUCUGGGUGGUGGCGGCGCGAGAGGGAUUAGCCAUCUGGGUAUAUUGAAGGCCAUUGAAGAGCAUGGAAUCCCUAUAGAUAUGAUCGGCGGCACCUCGAUCGGUUCCUUUGUCGGCGGCCUAUAUGCUAAGGACUACGACCUGGUGCCAACCUACGGUAGGGUAAAGAAGUUUGCAGGGAGGAUUGGCUCGAUAUGGCGCAUGCUCUCGGACCUCACCUGGCCCGUGACGUCGUAUACCACCGGGCAUGAGUUCAACCGCGGUAUCUGGAAAGCGUUCGGCGACAUUCGUAUAGAGGAUUUCUGGAUCCAGUACUACUGUAAUUCGACCAACAUCACCGAGUCCAUGCAGGAAAUCCACACGUUCGGCUAUGCCUGGCGCUAUGUCCGUGCCUCCAUGUCCCUGGCCGGCAUUCUGCCGCCGAUAACCGACAACGGCAAUAUGCUGCUAGACGGGGGCUACCUGGAUAACCUGCCCGUGCUCGAGAUGAAGGCGCGCGGAUGCAAGACCAUCUUCGCAGUCGAUGUUGGCUCGGUGGACGACCGGACCCCCAUGGACUACGGUGACUCGCUCAAUGGCUUCUGGAUCGUUUUGAACCGCUGGAACCCUUUCUCCAAGCACCCGAACGUCCCUAGCAUGGCGGAGAUACAGAUGCGGCUGGGCUACGUCGCCUCCGUCAACGCGCUCGAGAAGGCAAAGACCACGCAGGGCGUCGUCUACUUCCGCCCCCCCAUCGAGGACUACGCAACCCUCGACUUUGCCAAGUUCGAGGAGAUAUACCAGGUCGGCACCGCGUACGGCGCCACCUUCCUCCACGAGCUCGAACAAAACGGCAAGCUGCCGCGCAUUCCGGGCAACGAGCCGGCCAACGGCCCUGGCAUCCACCUGCUGCACCGCCGCAACAGCAUCUAG